AUGUCUUCCCUCCGACGACUCCUACUCCUCGUCGUCGUGGUCGUCGGCGCCGUGGCGGAGCGGCCGACGGUGUACGAAGCAAUCGGAUCGUACGGACUUCCGCAAGGCCUGCUGCCGGAGGGGGUGACGAACUACAAGCUGGACGUCUCCACCGGAAAAUUCUCCGUUUACUUGGACAAGACGUGCAGCUUCACCAUCCAGGGAUACAACCUCAAAUACAAGACCACCAUUACCGGCACGAUCUCGAACAAUAAGAUUAGGAAUCUCACCGGAAUCCAGGUUAAAAUUCUGUUUCUGUGGUUGAAUAUUGUCGAGGUCACUAAGGACGGCGCCAAUCUGGAGCUCUCCGUCGGGAUCGCGUCCGCCGGUUUUCCUGCCAACGAUUUCGAGGAGAGUCCGCGCUGCGGCUGCGGAUUUAAAUGCGCCAAUUCGAAUAAACCUUUUGCCUCUCUUUGA